AUGCCCCGUUACGGGGUCCCUGCAGAGGUCUUUAUGAUGAUAUUGGAAUCAUUAGAAAGAAAGCCCCUGGCCAAAUGUCUCCGGGUAAGCAGACUUUGGUUCGAGGCCGGGAUCCCAAUCCUAUGGAGGGAGCCGCCUUUUAGAGCGCUGGGCUAUGUCAAGGGGGCACGCGAGGAGAAGUAUCUCAGCCAAAUAAAAUCCAUGGAUGUCCAUCAUGUCGACGACACACUUCAUCGAGCGUUGAACCGGUCGUUCACCUUCCCCGCCCUCCGCAGUGUCCUGGACAACACUGUGACAGCAGACCAGUUACGGACGUUUCUCCCAAAGCUCACAUUUUUGCAGGAUUUCGUUUACACGUCCUUCAAUCCUCCUUCCGACACAAGGGUACUGAUGGAGGACGAUAUUAUGAUGGAGGCAAUCAUCUCCUCUCUCCCUCGGCGGAACCUUCAAAGCCUAACGCUUGAACGCAUGAUUGAGAAGCAUCACAUCAACGGCAUGCUGCCCUUUGAGUCACUCCGAGAUCUUGAUGUUCUUCUGACAGCGGACGCGGUCGAGCCUCUCCUGAAACUGAUCACCACGCCCAUGCUCACAAAACUGUGCCUACGCGUGGACAACGAAGGGGCCGAUGUGCUGAAGUUGGUAUCUCUCUUCACGGAACUGCGGUCCCUUGAGGUCGCUUUCGGCUAUAAGGCCAAGCUUUCAGCAGACCAAAUCAUGUUGCUGGCCAAGCUCGUCAAACUGGAGACAUUGCAAAUCGAUGCACGGCCCAUAACACUUGCUUCUCGUGCAGAGGACCCCGAAUUCCCAGGCUUUACCCAUGAACAAUUCGACCAGCUGCUGUCGAGCCUGGAACAUCUGCGAGAUCUCCACCUGCGUUUUGCGUGGUCGUGCGAUAUGGGUGCUAUUCUGGAAUCUGCCGCCAGGCACAACCCCCCUCUCGAAUACCUGAACCUGGGCGAUAAGCUGGACAUAGACAUGGCCUGGCUGAAGCUUCAGGAACAGCCUCUGUUUCCUCGUCUGACAGGAAUGUUCAAACUCCGCCGCUUUGUGGAUCGGAAGGCCAACCCAGAAUGGGGCGAUGACCAUCCCGACAUUGUCAAACUCGGCGAGCUCCUGUGCAAACAUUUCCCGGAAGUGGUAUUCCUUGAGCCACGGGCACCAGAUAAGUUCUCGGCAGCCCUGAAAAAGGCAUGGCAAGAAAGCCAGAAGAAGAUUGAGGAAGAGUUCUCACCUCCUUCCUAG